ACAGAAAGAUCAGAUGGGUCAUCAAGAAACCAACUCGCGAAAUUGAUUAUGAUAAUGUUUCAGUAAUGUGUGUUAUGUUGUUGCGGAAGCAGAAAUAAACAUGAUCGAGUUAUUUAAAAGUACUGUGAUAAUUUUUGGUUUAUUUUCUGUGUGUCACAUAAGAGCACACGAUUCAUGUUUCACUCCUAGGAAUGAGAGAGGAGACUGUAAGGUUAUUAUUUCGUGUCCAAGUUUAUUUGCUCUCUUAGAGAAACGUCCCAUUAAGUCAUACGACGCAGAUUACCUGAGACGAUCUCAAUGUGGUUUGGAAGGAACCAUGCCAAAAGUAUGCUGCCCAUUAGGAGAUCAAAAGCCCUCAACAUCCAGAUCAGUGGUUGAUUAUAUGGAACCGAAACCAUCUGACAGCCCUCUCUUACCCACAACCGAGGUGUGUGGUAUAAGUACUCAGGAUAAAAUAUAUGGUGGAUCUGAAGCAGGUCUGAAGGAAUUUCCUUGGAUGGCGUUAUUAGAAUACAAAAGGGAUGAUGGAAAACAUGGGUUCCACUGUGGCGGAGUUUUAAUCAAUAAGAGAUAUAUUUUAACGGCCGCUCACUGCAUAAAAGGAAAGGAUAUACCAAAAUCUUGGACCCUAGUGAGUGUUCGACUUGGAGAACAUAAUAUCGACAAUGAAACAGACUGUUAUUUCAACGGUUUCACACUUCAGUGUUCGCCUCCUCCUAUUAAUGUACCUGUUGAGGAAACUAUAGCACAUGAACAAUACGAACCAUAUGAUAAUGACCAUUAUCAUGAUAUAGGUUUACUCAGACUGGCCAGAAAUGUUGAAUUUUCCGAAGAUGUUCCCCAGGUACCUGUCAGAGCUAUCUCAGAAUGUUCCCAAAUCUACAGCCAAGCUGGUGUCAACCUCCAAGGGGCUCAGGUCUGUGCGGGUGGUGAAAAUGGAAAGGAUUCCUGUAAAGGCGAUAGUGGAGGGCCUCUAAUGAGCCUAAAUGCUGAUGAAAAUGGGGAGAUAAAUUGGUACUCUAUUGGAGUUGUUGCAUUCGGUCCUUCACCGUGUGGCAUGCAAGGAUGGCCUGGUGUAUACACUAAAGUUGCCAACUAUGUAUCAUGGAUUGUUGAUAAAUUGAAGCCAUGAUAAUGAAAAUCAGACACUUUUCAUACUUAUGUAAUAUUGAAAUAUAAAAGUAUACUUCAAUACAAGUUUUGCAAUGCUCCUAAU